AUGAAACCAGAUAUGAAUGAAAAUGAAUAUAAUAUUGAAAAAUUGGAAGUCAUUGAGUCCAUGAAAAAAGUGGCUGCACAAAGAGAGGUAAUAGAAAGACAAACUGUUAACCAAAGUUCUUGUCAGAAUUGGUUGGACAUUAGGCUUAAAUUACUUACUGCUUCAAACUUUGGAAGCAUAAUUAACCGUCGUCCAGACACGGGUUGUGAAAACCUAAUAAAAAAUUUAAUUUAUACAACUGAUGUUGAUACAAUAGCAAUGGAGUAUGGAAGAAAUCAUGAAAAUGAAGGUAAAAUGUGUUUAGAAAAUUUACUAAGUAUAAAAAUUAGAGAGUGUGGAUUGUUUAUUGAUGAGUUCAAUUAUUUCACAGGAGUAACUCCAGAUGGAUUAAUUGAUGAAGAAGGCUUGAUCGAAAUAAAAUGUCCUUAA